AUGGACUUUGCAUUGGAGACUCGAAACGUGCGGCUUGGUCUGUGUACAGAUCGUUUUAACCCAUUUGGAAGUUCGGGUCAACAAAAGGAGAAUUUUCAACUAGUAGCAGCUUUAAUGUGGACGAUCAAUGACUUUCCGGCUUAUUCGAUGUUGUCCGGGUGGAGUACUGCGGUCCGAUAUGCUUGCCCUUACUGCAUGGAUGAUUCCCAAGCUUUCUACCUUACGCAUAGCAAGAAGGUGUGUUGGUUUGACUGUCAUAGAAGGUUUUUAGAUAAAAGUCAUCCCUAUAGGAGAAAUAGAACAAAUUUCAGAGCAGGCAUUGUUGAGAAAAGAGACCCACCUAUCAUUCGGACAGGACUUGAAUUGCUUGACGAAUUAGACCAGUUUGGUUUUUUGAGAGUCAAUGAAGAAGAUGCACUGGAACAUAAUAAAGAGGUUAGUAAGUACUCUACUGGAUGGAAGAAGAGGAGCAUAUUCUGGGAUUUGCCAUAUUGGAAAACUAAUACGAUUCGACAUAAUUUGGAUGUUAUGCACAUAGAGAAGAAUGUACGUAUACGUGCCUUGCUUCAAUGGUUGAAGAGUAUUAAAUUUCCCGAUGGUUAUGUCUCCAAUAUGGCAAGGAAUAUUGACAUGGCCAAGCAUCAAUUGUUCGGCAUGAAAAGUCACGACUGUCAUGUUUUCAUGCAACGCUUAAUUCCAAUUGCAUUCAGAGAAUUGCUACCGGUGAAGGUUUGGGAAGCUCUUACGAAGUUGAGCUUAUAUUUUAGAAGUUUGACAACCACAAAGCUAUGUGUGGAGGAUUUGAGGAAAAUGGAAGCAGAUAUUCCGGUUACCAUCUGCAAACUAGAGACUAUCUUUCCGCCCACAUUCUUUGAUAGCAUGGAACACCUUCCUAUCCAUUUGGCAUAUGAAGCUAGAAUUGCAGGACCGGUCCAAUACAAAUGGAUGUAUCCGUUUGAGAGGUACCUUAGACAUUUGAAACUGAAUGUGAAAAAUAAAGCUCAUGUUGAAGCGUCGAUAUGCAACGCAUAUUUAACAGAGGAAGCAUCGCAUUUUGUUUCCCAUUAUUUUGAGCCACAUUCAUCCAAUAAGAUUUCAUGGAAAAGGAAUUCAUAUAUUUUGGAUGAAAGAGAUUACGAGAUUGCACAUAGAUACGUGCUAAUGAACUGUCCAGAGGUGGAUGUAUUUAUAUCUGAGUUUAAAAGUUCAAUUCAAAGACAUCAACCGAAUUGGUCAAGUUAG